ACACGUUAGUCUGAUCCAAUCUGCCCUGGGAGGUUAGACUACAAACGCGCGCUAAUCUCACCAUUGCAGACGAACUUUUUCGUGUUAUUUUGAUGAAGAGUUUGCCACUGAGAGCAUAAUACAUUUACAGAAUGAUAUUUACGCACAUUUUCCGUUAUUUGGAUGACAGAGAUGCUGAAGAGACGAGGAAAAACAACGGUGAAAAUAUAAGACCGCCAGCCGCGGAGUACCGGUUUCAUGUGUCCUCAACUGAGCAUCGUGAUGCGAAGUUUGAACAGAUUUCUUGGAAAGCAACUCCAGGUCUAACUGUUGUUUCCGGAGCUCACCAAACAGGCGCAAGUUUAAGUAAAACAUCAUCCAGCGCUCCUCUGGCUCAAGGAUUUUGUUCGUUGCGAGGGGAAACGCUUGGCGCAAAAACAACAAAGAAACAAGUUUUACCUCCAAUUGGAAAAUUACAAAUUUCAGGGCUAGGUGGAAAAGAGUUUACACAAGAUGAAAAUUAUUUCGCAAAACUGCCACCAAUUGAACCACUGGAUGACAAAACGCAAGCAUUUCCGAAAAAAUCGAGGGCAUGUUCGGAAAAAGAGAGAGAGUCAAUUUGGAAUAAUACCUCGAUAAAUACUCGACUGCCUCAUAAAGAUCAAAUAUGUUUGGGGACGAACAGCGCGGAGCGGUUCAACACGGUAGGGCAGGUUAAGGAGGAGAGUAAUCCCAGGAUAGAAAAUGUGACAACGACUAAUCUGACUCCAGAAUUAUCGGCUGAUAGCUGGAAUAAGAAACACGGACUUACAAUGCAAACAGUUGAUGACAUGACGUUGGUCAAAGCAGGCGCUAAAACUUCUUAUUAUCAAAAUGCUAAAAUGAAGCUGGACAUUGAAACUGUUAAAGUCCGAUCCUCGAAAACUGAUGCGAUUAACGCCGAUGAGACGAAGGAGUACAAAAUUCGGCGAAUUCAGACGCGACUAAAGAGUUUCUCGGACGGCGAAGAGUCACCUGAAAAUGAGGGGUGUCAAAACCGGGAUGAAAAUAGGAAAACGAAGAUGACAGAAGAUUUAUAUAAAAACUUGGGUUUAAUCGACCGUAACACUGGCUUUCUACGACACUCCACGAAACGAAGAACGGGAUCUGCAAAGUCCCGGUGGUACAGUACGCCUUGCGUACAAGCAGGGGAAGUUUCACGUUUGAAAGCUCACGGAGGCUCUAUUUCUUCCGCGGUGCGUGGCGAAGGAAAGAGGAAACGUCCGAUACAGUUACUUGCGUGCGUCAAAGGAAGACGAAACGCUAUCUGCGAGGUAAUUGAACAGAGCAUAGAGCCUGAAUUCGGUUCGAGUUUAUACGAAAUGAGGAAAAGUUUAAUUAGUAUAACGUGAAGACAGCUUGCAACCAAGACGAGAUCAAACAGCGCCAAGUGACUAAGAGACAGGUGAUUUUUUUUUUGCCACCCUCGAGUUUCCGCAAGAUGUAUUUCAUAACGGCAUCGUGCCGUGUGAAUUCAUUUCGCACCAAAAAAACACCGCCAUUCCCUGGAAAUGGCCUCUGCACAAAAGGGAAAUUGCUCUUUAUGGACGUUAUGGCGUUCGUCAAAACAUAAAGUUGAUUUUAUGAAUAAUAUUACUCUAAAUAUAUUUUUCGACGCCGGUUAAAGGACGAUGGAACUUUACCAAGGGUUUCGACAUAAAAAUACUGUAAAAAUAAACACAUUCAUUUGUAUUUGCGGAGCCUAAAAAGGCUUUUGUGAAUAUUUAGCGAUUUAAAAAUAGGAAUUAGCUAAGAUGACAAUCUAUUGAUAAAAGUGAAUAACUAAUUGGAAUUUUAAUUUAACUCGCAGAAUAAAUUGUUGUAACUUUU